CUCUGGAUUCACUCUGAUAUUUUAUUGCAGGUAUGGCCUCGCAUGUGCAAGUUUUCUCUCCUCACACCCUUCAGUCAAGUGCCUUCUGUAGCGUGAAGAAACUGAAAGUAGAGCCAAGUUCGAACUGGGAUAUGACUGGGUACGGCACACACAGCAAAGUCUACAGCCAGAGCAAGAACGUACAGUCCUCCCAAGCAGCCGCCGCAGCCGCCGUCAACGCCUCCCUCCAGAUCCCCAAUCCGAGCAUCCCUUACGAACAGACCAUCAUCUUCCCAGCAAGCACGGGGCACAUCGUGGUGACGUCUGCCAACAGCACUUCUGGUGUGGUGGCAGUGUCUGGGCAAACACUGGGCGGGCCACAUAACCUGAUGCGACGCAGCACUGUGAGCCUUCUGGACACCUACCAAAAAUGUGGACUUAAGCGAAAGAGUGAGGAGAUAGAGAACACGAGCAGCGUGCAGAUCAUUGAAGAGCAUCCACCAAUGAUUCAGAACAAUGCCAGUGGGGCCACUGUAGCCACCGCCACCACCUCCACGGCCACUUCCAAAAACAGUGGCUCCAACAGCGAAGGGGAUUACCAGCUGGUGCAACAUGAGGUGCUCUGUUCCAUGACCAACACGUAUGAAGUGUUAGAAUUUCUUGGCAGGGGAACCUUCGGACAAGUAGUCAAAUGCUGGAAACGUGGCACUAAUGAGAUUGUGGCCAUCAAGAUCCUAAAGAACCAUCCUUCCUAUGCCCGGCAAGGCCAGAUUGAAGUGAGCAUCCUGGCUCGGCUGAGCACAGAAAGUGCAGAUGACUACAACUUCGUCCGUGCGUAUGAGUGCUUCCAGCACAAGAAUCACACGUGCUUGGUCUUUGAAAUGUUAGAGCAGAACCUCUAUGAUUUCCUAAAACAAAACAAAUUCAGUCCCUUGCCCCUUAAGUACAUUCGACCAAUUCUCCAGCAGGUAGCAACUGCCCUAAUGAAGUUGAAAAGCUUGGGACUGAUUCAUGCUGAUCUUAAACCAGAGAACAUCAUGUUGGUAGAUCCAUCCCGACAGCCAUAUAGGGUCAAGGUCAUAGACUUUGGAUCAGCUAGCCAUGUGUCUAAAGCUGUGUGUUCUACCUACCUUCAAUCCAGAUAUUACAGAGCCCCGGAAAUCAUCCUCGGUUUACCAUUUUGUGAAGCAAUUGAUAUGUGGUCAUUGGGAUGUGUCAUUGCAGAGCUGUUCUUGGGCUGGCCUUUGUACCCAGGAGCUUCAGAGUACGAUCAGAUUCGCUAUAUUUCACAGACGCAGGGCUUACCAGCAGAGUAUUUGUUAAGUGCAGGGACAAAGACUACAAGGUUUUUCAACAGGGAUACAGACUCACCGUAUCCUUUGUGGAGGCUGAAGACACCAGAUGAUCAUGAGGCAGAGACGGGGAUUAAGUCGAAGGAAGCAAGGAAGUAUAUUUUCAACUGUUUGGAUGAUAUGGCACAGGUAAAUAUGACAACAGAUUUGGAAGGAAGUGAUAUGUUGGUGGAAAAGGCAGACCGACGGGAGUUUAUAGAUCUGUUAAAGAAGAUGUUGACGAUAGAUGCUGAUAAGAGAAUAACACCAAUUGAAACUCUGAACCACCCUUUUGUCACCAUGACGCACUUACUCGAUUUCCCUCACAGCACACAUGUUAAGUCCUGCUUCCAGAAUAUGGAGAUUUGCAAGCGGCGGGUGAAUAUGUAUGACACUGUGAACCAGAGCAAGACACCAUUCAUCACCCACGUAGCCCCGAGCACAUCUACCAACUUGACCAUGACUUUUAACAACCAGCUGAACACAGUGCACAACCAGACCACCAACCUGGCUCCCACCUCCUCCAGUGCCACUAUUUCCUUAGCCAACCCCGAAGUCUCCAUACUAAAUUACCAAUCUGCACUCUACCAGCCCUCAGCAGCGUCCAUGGCUGCGGUGGCCCAGCGGAGCAUGCCCUUGCAGACAGGAACAGCGCAGAUCUGUGCCCGGCCCGACCCCUUCCAGCAAGCUCUCAUCGUCUGCCCACCAGGCUUCCAAGGGUUACAAGCCUCUCCUUCGAAGCAUGCUGGGUAUUCAGUUCGGAUGGAGAAUGCUGUUCCCAUUGUCACUCAGGCUCCUGGGGCUCAGCCUCUUCAGAUCCAGCCAGGACUCCUCGCACAGCAAGCAUGGCCCAGCGGCACACAGCAGAUCCUGCUCCCUCCUGCCUGGCAGCAGCUGACUGGGGUGGCCACCCACACUUCUGUCCAGCACGCGACCGUCAUCCCUGAGUCCAUGGCAGGCACCCAGCCGCUGGCAGACUGGAGAAACACCCAUGCUCAUGGCAGCCAUUAUAAUCCCAUCAUGCAGCAGCCCGCGCUGUUAGCUAGCCAUGUGACUCUCCCUGCAGCCCAGCCCGUCAAUGUGGGUGUUGCUCACGUCAUGCGCCAGCCGCCCACCGCUGCCACCUCCGCCAGGAAGAGUAAGCAGCACCAGUCGGCGCCUCGAAAUGCAUCCACCUACGAAGUUUCGUCCUCUCAGUCCAUCAGCUCGCCUCAGCGGUCGAAACGAGUGAAGGAAAACACACCUCCUCGCUGUGCCAUGGUGCACAACAGCCCUGCCUGCAGCACUGCCGUCACCUGCGGCUGGGGUGACGUGGCCACCAGCACCACGCGGGAGCGGCAGCGGCAACCCAUAAUCAUUCCCGACACCCCCAGCCCCGCAGUGAGUGUCAUCACUAUCAGCAGCGACACCGAUGAAGAGGAGGAGCAGAAGCAUGCACCCACCAGCACCUUGUCCAAGCAAAGGAAGAACGUCAUCAGCUGUGUCACUGUGCAUGAUUCCCCCUACUCUGAUUCCUCCAGCAACAACAGCCCUUACGCCGUGCAACAUCGUGCAGGACAGAAUAACGGGAACACGUACGACACCAAAGGGGUUCCAGAGACUCACUGCAGUGGGAACCCCCGAACGAUCAUCGUGCCACCACUGAAAACCCAAGCCAGUGAGGUGUUGGUAGAGUGUGAUAGCCUGGCACCAGUCACCACCAGUCACCACUCAUCCUCCUACAAGUCCAAGUCCUCCAGCACCGUGACCUCCACCAGCGGUCACUCUUCAGGGAGCUCGUCUGGAGCCGUUGCCUAUAGGCAGCAGCGACCAGGAGCACAUUUCCAGCAGCAGCAGCCUCUUAAUCUAAGCCAGGCCCAGCAGCACAUCACGACUGAUCGCACAGGGAGUCACCGGAGACAGCAAGCCUACAUCACUCCAACGAUAGCUCAGGCCCCGUACUCUUUCCCGCACAAUAGUCCCAGCCACGGUACAGUUCAUCCUCACUUGGCCGCGGCUGCCGCUGCUCACCUGCCCACCCAACCCCACCUCUACACAUACACCACCCCGGCCGCCCUGGGCUCCACGGGCACCGUCGCACACCUGGUGGCCUCCCAAGGGUCUGCACGGCACGCCGUGCAGCACACCACCUACCCCGCCAGCAUCGUCCACCAAGUCCCCGUCAGCAUGGGCCCGCGGGUUCUGCCCUCGCCCACCAUCCACCCGAGCCGCGUCCCCCCGCGGCUCCCGGGAGCGGUUUGCCGUGCCGCACCGCGGCGUGUGCGGGAAGUUUAG